UGAUUGUUCACUGAAGAGGUGGGCUGGACAAACACUCUCUGUAUCUUGUAUAGGGCCAUCACCAUAGAGACUUGCUAGGGCUUUACUUUGAACAGCCCUGCAUGCUUAAUAAGGAAGCCAAUUGCAAAGUAUUGAGUGUGUAAAGCACUGAAGCAGAGAAAAGGAUAAUAAACAACCAUAUCCAAGGAUACAAAAGGAAAACUCAUUUCGGAGCUCUUGUGGAUAUGGCCAUGUUAAGAGGCGAUAGAAGUAGCCUCUCACCUUUGGGACACAGGAGUGACCCGGGAUGGGUGGCUGACCUGGGCCGUGGAUCUUCACAGAACGCCCUUAGAUCUUCAAGUCCCAUUGCUUUCUCAGAUCUUGACUUUUGGGACAACAAGAUGUCUUCAGCAUGGAGUUGCAUAGGAUUAUCUGGAUCAAAUCACCGCUCGGAAAUCAGCAGCAGCCAGUAUGGACAGGAAAGUAGGGGAUCGCUGGGCAUGCAGAGAUGGUCAUCUGGAUCUCGUCUGGCUCCAGAAGGUGCUCCACGAUCACACUCUACUACAGAAGAUUUUAAGCUCAAAGCUGAUCUUGAAAAAAGCUGUUUAAGACGAGCAGAGCUCAUCCAGAAACUGCGAGAGACCAAAAGUCACCUGGAAGCUCAGACAGACCUUCUAAAAACCAAAGAGACACAGCUUCAACAAAGCCACAACAUCUCACACUUUCUGGAACUAAAGCAUAAGCAGCUGUCUGAAACAGUGAGUGUUCUUCAACAAGACAGAAAAGCAGCAGACGAGAGCCGCUUUGAAGAGAGUCGCAGACGAACAGAAUUACAGGACAAGGUCAUGCAGCUAGAGUUGGAGAUUUUAAAGAUGAGAUCCAACCUGGAAAGAAGGACUUCACCCACAUCAACAAAUCCAAAACCCCCACUCACCAACACUUUACCUAUUACAAAAGAUGAAAUCCUUAGAGAGGGACAGAAGCAGACUGAGAAAGAGAUGAAUAAGCUCAGGGAAGCUCUCAGAAAGACUGAAGACAGAGCAGAUGAGCUUGAAUAUGAAAAAAAUGAUGCAUUAAGACGGCUUCAGUCUUUUAAGGAGGGAAAUCAAGAAGCCAUGAACCAAAAAGAGGAGCUGAACCAAAGACUGAACCAGUCUGUCCAGGUCCAAGCAGAACUAGAAGACCAGUUAAAAGAGUCUUGCAACCACCUGGAACAAAUAGAGCUGGAAAGAGACAUGUUAUCCUCUAAGACACGAAGGCUGGAGGAUAGUCAAAAUGAUCUAAAGGCCAAACUAACUCGAGCUUUAAUGGACAAAGACCGCCUUGUACAGGAAAAGGCUGAACUCCAUCAGAAGGUCCAGGCUUUGGAGCUGCAAUUGCAGAGGGAGCAGAGAGGGAAGCAGAGCUUCAAUGAGCAAGUGUGUGAGCUCCAUACUGAACUGUCUCAAGCUAAAAACCAGGCCAACCGAGAGAAGAAAGACAACAUAUUCAUGAAAGAGGAGAUGCUGUCCAUCAAAGAGCUGAAUGAAAAGCUUUCGUCCGAUCUGACCAAGGCUACAGAGAGGCUACAGGUAACCUUAAACCAACAACAUGAACUGGAAGCAGACAAACUCAUCCGGAUCAAUCAGAUCGCAGCGUUGGAGACUGAGCGCUUGAAGCUCCUCGGAGAAAAGGAGGAACUCAGGAAAAAUGUUAAUGAUGGAGUUCAGGAUGAGAUUAGAGAGCUGAAGGAGAGAUGCUGCCAACACAGGGAACUGCAGGACAAUCUAAAGCAGGAGAAUCAGAAUCUGCAGGUAAAAUGUCAAGACCUGGUGAAAGAAAUGCAAAUUAUGGAGGCGGAGUGUAAGCGCAAGGAGGAGGAGCUACAUCGUGCAAAGGUGGGGUUUGAACAGAAGAAGGAGGAGUUGAGGAAAGUGUCAGCUCACUGGAAUGAGAGGUGGCUGGAUGUGUCGUUGAUGUUAUGCUCCACACAGGAAGAACUUGAAGAGGUCAAGAAACAAAAGCAAGAGAAUAAUGAAGAUUCUUCUGAAGAGCUGGAUAGAGAGGUGAAGGAGAAGCCGAGGAAGGUGAAGAUUAAAGACACCCAGCUGGUGGAGCAUCAACUGGAGUUGCAGUCUGCUCGCGGUCAGGUCUCACAGCAGAUCGGUGAGAUGCAGAGACUGGAGCAGCUACUGGAAGAGACAGAUCACAAACUUAGACAAAAAGAGCAAGAUCUGAAGAAUCUUGAGAUACAGAGAGAAACAGAAAAAGCAGAGGCUCAGAUCAAGAUAUUAAGCCUCGAGCAGAAGCUUCUUAAAGAUAAAGAUCUGCACUCAGAAGCAGAAGUGGUCAGCAAUAAACACAACCCUGAAGACUUUGAAUCUCUGAAGGCUUUGUUAGAAGAAGACAGAGAGACCACAGAGAAGCUGACGGAGGAGAGAAAUCAUGCUUUACAACAACUGCAUGAUCUUGAUCGUUUCCAACAGUCAAAAGCAGUAAAAGAAUCCCCAACAGAUACCAAAAAACAGAAAGCUGCUGGUUUGGACCUUGUAGAUCCUAAUGAACAGAGGAGACUGGUUACUGAGCAGCUCAAAAAUCUGUUCAAAGAGAGAGAGCAACGUGGAGAGAGGUUUCCAGUGUUGCCUAAAAGAUCUGGCUUGCUUGAAAAUGGAGUCCAAAAUCCUGAAAGCAUUAAGCACCCCCUUGUGGCCCCAGCAGGGUCCCUGGCCUCAGGUCUGAAAACCAACAAGGGGGCACCAAAGACGUCCACUAAAACUUUUGCUGAUCAUAGGGCAUCAAAGAUGGCUGAUGGAGAAGAGCGCACAAAUGCACAAAUGUCAGCGGUGAGAGGGGAAAUGGAAAAUCGAAAAGAGAGAGAUGAAAAUGUCCUUAAAGUAAUAUCUCCUCACCAGAUUGAGACGUUGAAAGCGAGAUCACAGCCGAGAGAUGAUGCAACAUUAGUCACUGUACCCCACCUACAAAACAUGGUAAAAGGAACGAUCCAACAAGAAAAAUCCCAAUUGGGCUGUAAGGAUGGGACAUUUUUUGCACGACAGAUUGAGAUUUGUAACUCUGAUGUGGAGCAUACAGAAGAGUCCAAUUCAGGAGAGGAGACGGUGGACACACCGCUUCUGGAAUACUAAUAACACAAUGUGAAUGUUAAUCACACACAAGUUUGCUUUCAUUACAAUCGAUACAGUACAGCUAACCUAAAUGGCGAUAACUAACUUUAAUAAGUUGCCAGAUUUUUAGUUUGGCAAAAAUUUGUCAAUGCUCAAACCGAGUAACUUACUAUACAAUUAGGCCUAGCAGUUUUUACAUUUUCAUCACUCUUCCCAUGUAGUCUGUUUUUAAUAAAAGUUUAAUAAAGAGAUAUUUUCAGAUAUUUUUUAAAUUAAAUGAUACAUAAAGUUGUAUUUAAUUGAUUUAUUACCAUAAUGAAAAUAUUCUGAAAGAUUAAUUGUAAAACAAUCAGUAUUCAUUUACAUGCUGUUCAUCUGAGUGAAUUAUAUAAUAAUUAUUUUACCUUUUGGGGGGGACUUGACUGUUUAAAGCAGGUUACCACAAUACUGUACUAAGGGUUACCACAGGUCAUUGAAAUCCUUGAAAGUUUGUGAAUUUGGGUAAAAAAAUUCAAGGCCCUGGGAAGUUUUUGAAUAUAUAGACACAUAGAUACAGGUCAUUGAAAGUGCUUGAAUCUAUAUUAUUUAAAAAAUCCAUAUUUCCUGUGUAGUGUAGAAUAAUAUCAUAAAAAUUUUAGACUUUUUAAGCACACAUGCUUAACUGUUCGCUUUAAAUGCUUAUAUCUUCUGUAUGCAAAUGUUGAUUCAUACCAAAAUGCUUUUUUGCAUAGUUGUGUUUGACACAUGAAAACGUCUCGGGUUACGUAUGUAACUGUUGUUCCCUGAGAAGGGAACGAGAUGCUGCGUCUCUCGUGCCAUACUUCCUGUAACGCCGUCUUUGGCAAUAUUUCAGAUAGCAAUAUACUUCCUGGCUCCCGCGUCACCCUGUCUUUGUCGUCAAGCCUAACUAUUGGUUGAAUUUGAUAUACACGUUCAGACGCACUUACCCCUGGAGGCGUCCCCAAAGUGUCACCGCAGUGACGCAGCGCGAGUUCCCUCUAAAGGGAACUUUAACAAUGUAUCUAACACGAUGUAACCAUGCUCUCACUUGAAAUGUGUCAACACAUUUAGUCCUUGAAUUUUUGGACCUGGAAAGUCCUUGUAAAGGUCCUUGAAUUUGAAGUUAACCAAGGUGUGGGAACCCUGUGUAAUGUACACUCUCCAAAAAACAUCAUAAAACAUCUGUCACUGUGAUGGUACCCUUUCAUAAAGUACACUUUUGUACCUAAGGGUGCAUAUUAGUACCUCAAAGGUUAUUAGUACCUGCACUUAAAUUAUACAUAUUAGGACUUUUUGUCUCAGUGACAGCUUUUCUAACUUUAUUUCUGAGAUGUAUUUAUAGGCAUGUACUAAAAAACUAUUUACUUACAUAAUUUUGUUUGGGUAUUAC